AUGUCUCUCAAAAGGAAAUCCACAGACGUGGACCCUUCAAAUGCCGAGAACAUCCCUCCUGAGAUUGAUAGCGACGAUGAACGCCUAAACUACAUCGACUGGAACUGCGACCACGUCCGUCGACGGAUUCGCACUUUCAUAGAAAGCGGAGAGAUGAAAAUCGGCGAGUUCCAAGACGCAAUUGGCGUCUCCUCGCGUUCCUACCUGGACUUUAUGGGCCAGAACGGCCGCGACAAGGGCUCUGGAUCAUCGACAUAUAUCAAGGCGGCGCGUUUCUUCAAAAAACGCGAAUUGCAAGGCAUCAAGCCGCCCCGAAAGAAGAGGGCCACCAAGGAAUCGCAGAAAAAAGUUGCCGAAAAGUACGAUGUCUCUGGAAUUCAUCUCGACGGGGAGUCGGACCAAAGCGUCCCCGUCUGGGACACCUGUGAUUUAGUUCGCUCGAAGAUCGCACGGCACCUUCGUGACCCCGACGUGACCAAGGCUCAGUUCCUGCGCGAUAUCGCGAAAGCUGCGUAUCCGGAUACAGACAAGAAGCUCAAUGCCAAUCUGCUCAAUGACUUUCUCUCCAAGCGUGGUGCCAAUGCGGGCAACACAAGCAGCGUCUUUUAG